AUUAACAAACCAUCUAACAGAAACAAGUCCCUUUGUUUUACUGUGAGAAUCAAUAAACAGUGCCCCCUUUUAUUUUCCUACUUUUGCCCAUGCCCUUGCAAAAUCUUUUAACGGCUCUUGACCUACGUUGUUAAAUCUUUUAUUUUUCUCCUUCUAACCUAAUUUUAAACUUAUGUUUUCAAUUACGAAUGUUACAUUUCCGUAUUGAAAUAAUAAGCGACUGCAUAACUGGGAGCUGAGCGCUUACAAAUCCGCUGUGGCAACAGGGGAAAAAGGGAAGAAAAAAAAAAGAAAAGAAAGAAAAAAACCAUUUGACAACAUGGCGCACUUUCCUUGAGCAAAGUUUCCUUUGAAGGGCAAACAGCUGCAUCAUUUUUAUUUCUUAUUUUGGGGAAAUUCCUUCCACCGUUAGCGACACUUUCGUCACGAAGUGAACUUAUUUGAAGGUCGCAUUAGGAAAAAAGUCUCGCGCUCUGAUCGGAGUGUGAUGGGAUGAAAGCGAUAACCCGUGGCGCAAACCAACGCAGUCAGACGGGAUGGAGAAACAACCGACUCUGAAAGAAAAGCUUUCCAUCUUCAGCUCUCGGACUGCCGGCAGGCCCGCGAGGUGUCUGGCUGCAGACAGCAUGGCCGGCUGUGGCCUCAGCAAGGCUGGGUUCAUGGAGAAGGUGCAGCAGAGCAACGAGGCGUGCCAGCGCGGGGACUUUCAGGCCGCCGUCCGCUUGUACAGCGAGGCUCUGCAGGCCGACCCGCAAAACUGCAUCCUGUUCAGCAAUCGGUCGGCUGCUUUUCUCAAACUUGGGGAACACCAGGCAGCUCUUGACGAUGCUGAAAGAGCUUGUGAACUCAAUCCCAAGUGGCCAAAAGCAUACUUCCGACAGGGUGUUGCCCUUCAGUACCUUGGUCGCCAUGCCGACGCUCUGGCCGCCUUUGCCUCCGGGCUGGCCCAAGACCCAAAGAGCCUGCAGCUACUGGUGGGCAUGGUGGAAGCCGCCAUGAAGUCACCAUUACGGGGUUCUCUGGAGCCCACCUAUCAGCAGCUGCAAAAGAUGAAGCUGGACAAAAGUCCGUUUGUGGUGGUCUCUGUGAUUGGCCAGGAGCUGCUGACAGCAAGCCACCACACAGCGUCUGUGGUGGUGCUGGAGGCCGCUUUAAAGAUCGGCACGUGCAGCCUCAAGUUACGCGGCUCUGUCUUCUCGGCGCUCAGCAGCGCCCACUGGUCCCUGGGCAACACGGAGAAGAGCACAGGAUACAUGCAGCAAGACUUGGAAGUGGCCAAGACUUUAGGUGACCAAACAGGGGAAUGCCGUGCUCAUGGGAAUCUGGGCUCGGCAUUCUUCUCCAAAGGCAACUAUCGUGAAGCUUUGACCAACCACCGCAACCAGCUGGUUCUGGCCAUGAAGUUAAAAGACAGAGAGGCUGCCUCCAUGGCUCUGAGCAGCCUGGGUCAUGUGUAUACAGCUAUAGGGGACUAUCCAAACGCCCUAGCCAGCCACAAGCAGUGCGUUCUGCUGGCCAAGCAGUCCAAGGAUCAACUGUCAGAGGCCCGGGAGCUGGGAAACAUGGGGGCAGUUUACAUCGCCAUGGGAGACUUUGAAAACGCUGUUCAAUGUCACGAGCAACAUUUAGGCAUUGCCAAGGCCCUGGAAAACAAACGGGAGGAAGCCAGGGCCUACAGUAACCUAGGCAGUGCCUACCACUACCAUCGCAACUUUGACAAGGCCAUGUCCUACCACACGCAUGUUCUAGAGCUUGCUCAGGAGCUGGAGGAAAAGUCCAUCGAGAUGAGAGCCUACGCAGGGCUGGGUCAUGCCGCCAGAUGUAUGCAAGACUUGGAGAGGGCCAAGCAGUAUCAUGAACAGCAGCUGUCUAUUGCUGAGGGACUGAAGGACAGGGCUGCAGAGGGAAGGGCCUCGUCCAACUUGGGCAUCAUCCACCAAAUGAAAGGGGACUAUGAAACUGCACUGAAACUCCACAAAACACACUUAGCCAUUGCUCAGGAGCUAAAUGACUAUGCUGCUCAGGGCCGAGCUUAUGGUAACAUGGGCAAUGCCUACAAUGCCCUUGGAGCCUUCGACCAGGCUGUCCGCUACCAUCGUCAGGAACUGCAGAUCUCUAUGGAAGUCAAUGACCGAGCUUCGCAGGCCUCCACCCAUGGCAACCUGGCAGUGGCUUACCAAGCCCUUGGUGCUCAUGAUCGUGCACUACAACAUUACCAGAACCAUCUCAACAUCGCCCGGGAGCUCAGAGAUGUCCAAAGUGAGGCACGAGCUCUAGGAAACCUAGGGAACUUCCACUGCUCUCGAGGGGAGUUUCCUCAGGCUGUGCCCUACUAUGAGCAGUACCUCCAGCUGUCCCCUGAACUCCAAGACAUGGAAAGUGAGGGCAAAGUUUGUCACAACCUGGGUUAUGCCCACUACUGCUUGGGAAACUACCAGGAUGCUGUAAAGUACUAUGAACAGGACCUAGCUCUGGCAAAAGAUCUCCAUGACAAGUUGAGUCAGGCAAAGGCCUACUGUAACCUUGGUCUGGCUUUCAAAGCCUUAGGGGACUUUACUAAAGCUGAGGAGUGUCAGAAGUACUUGUUGUCUUUGGCUCAAUCCUUGAACAAUGCGCAAGCUCGCUUUAGAGCUUUAGGCAACCUGGGAGACAUAUUUGUCUGUAAAAAGGAUGUUGCUGGAGCCAUUCAGUUCUAUGAGCAACAACUGGCUUUGGCUCACCAGGUAAAGGAGCGUAGAAUGGAGGCAUGUGCCUACGCUGCCCUUGGAGCCACAUACAGACUUGUGCAGAAAUAUGACAAAGCCCUGGGUUAUCACACCCAAGAGUUAGAAGUAUACCAAGAACUCUGCGAUGUCUCUGGAGAGUGCAAAGCUCAUGGCCACCUGGCGGCCGUCUACAUGGCCCUCGGGAAGUAUGCUAUGGCUUUUAAGAGCUACGAGGAGCAGUUAGAGCUCAGUCGGAGGUUGAAGGACCCUGUUGUGGAGGCCCAAGUCUAUGGCAAUAUGGGUAUUACAAAAAUGAAUGUAGGGGUGAUGGAAGAAGCAAUUGGAUACCUAGAGCAGCAGCUGGCUACUUUGCAGCAGCUGAGUGGAAACGAAGCAGUAAUGGACCGGGGCAGAGCCUAUGGAAACCUGGGGGACUGUUAUGAGGCCCUGGGAGACUUUGAGGAAGCCAUCAAGUACUAUGACCAGUAUUUAUCUGUGGCUCAGAGCCUAAAUCGCCUGCAGGACCAGGAGAAAGCUUAUAGAGGCUUAGGCAAUGGACACAGGGCUAUGGGGAACCUGCAGCAGUCGCUGGUGUGCUUUGAGAAGCGGCUGGUUGUGGCACACGAACUCGGCGAGUGUGGAGGCAAAGCUCAGGCCUAUGGUGAGCUUGGCGCUCUCCACAGCCAACUGGGCAAUUACGAGCAGGCCAUUUCCUGCCUGGAACGUCAGCUGGCCAUUGCUCGUGAAACCCGGGAUAGGUUACUAGAAGGCGAUGCCAGCUGUGGCCUGGGUGCGGUUUACCAAGCGAUGGGAGAAUAUGAGACAGCUCUGCGGUGCCACCAAAGUGAUCUGGAGAUUGCAGAAGAGGCAGGAAGCACCGUGCGCCAGGCCCGCGCCUAUGGAAACUUGGGCCUCACCUAUGAAUCCCUCGGAAACUACGAGCGGGCGGUGGUGUUCCAAGAACAGCACCUAAGUGUAGCGGCUCAGACUAACGACCUGGCUGCCAAGACAUUGGCCUACGGCAGCUUGGGAAGAACACACCAUGCGCUGCAGAACUACUCACAAGCUGUCAUGUACCUGCAGGAAGGCUUACGGCUGGCAGAGCAGCUGGCUCGACGCGAGGAUGAAGCUAAGAUCCGCCAUCGUCUGGGGCUAUCCCUCUGGGCUAGUGGGAACCUGGAGGAGGCCCAACACCAGCUUUACCGUGCAUCUGCAUUGUUUGAGACCAUCCGCCAUGAAGCCCAGCACAGCACAGACUAUAAACUCUCCCUGUUUGACCUGCAAACAUCUUGCUACCAGGCUCUCCAAAGAGUCCUCGUCAGCCUUGGACACCACGACGAGGCCCUGGCAGUGGCAGAGCGAGGCCGCACUCGAGCCUUUGCCGACCUCCUGGUGGAGAGGCAGACAGGCCAGCAGGACUCAGACCCUUACACGCCAGUAACGGUGGAGCACAUCCUGGACACUGUCAGCAGUCAGAGGGCGUUGGUGCUUUACUUCUCCAUGGCUGCAGGCUACCUGUACAGCUGGUUGCUGGCUCCGGGAGCAGGCAUCCUGAAGUUUCAUGAAGUUUAUUUAGGUGAGGGCGUCUCAGAAGGAGGGUCAGAUUUCCAGGACGGAGGUGGGAGUGGAGUGGUCGGUGGCUCCUCGCUGGAGCAGCACAUUGCCAGCGCCCGGGAGGCUCUAGGUGUUGAGUCUUACUACAGCAGAGGAUGUUCAAACAGCGAGACGGAGAGCGAGGCUGGAGAUUUGUUGGACCAACAAUUCGAGGAGCUCAACAACAAGCUUAACUCGGUCACCGAUCCAACGGGCUUCCUGCGCAUGGUGUCAAGAAAUAACCUGUUCAACAGGAGCUGCCAGAGUAUGACCAGCCUGUUCAGUAACACCAUGUCUCCAGCCAAAGAUGGUAGCUCUUCGCUGCCCCGUCGCUCUAGCAACCUCGGAAAACCUCCACUCCGGGCACUUUAUGAUCUACUUAUUGCACCCAUGGAAGGGGGCCUGAUGCACUCAAGCGGGCCUGUUGGCAGACAUAGACAGCUGGUGAUGGUGCUGGAGGGAGAACUUUACCUCAUCCCGUUUGCCUUGCUCAAAGGAAGCUCCUCAAAUGAAUAUCUGUACGAGCGUUUCAGCCUCAUCGCUGUGCCCUCUAUCCAUGGCCUUGGAUCCAGUGCGAAGGCAUAUUCCCGGCGUCCUGGACCAGCUCCAUGUGGUGGGAUCUCAAUGGCAGCAGUGGUGGGCAACCCCAAACUGCCCUCACCCGUGAUGGACCGCUGGCUCUGGGGGCCUAUGCCCUCCGCAGAGGAGGAAGCUCUGAUGGUUGCCGAGCUGCUGGGAUGCCAACCCCUGGCUGGUUCUUCUGCCACUAAGGAGAGAGUGAUGAGUGCCCUCACACAGGCUGAGUGUGCCCAUUUUGCCACCCACAUUUCCUGGAAACUGGCAGCCCUGGUGCUCACCCCAAACUCUGAGGUGGGGCCUGGAGGAGCAAAUGCCAGCGUGGGGACAAUGGGUCGGGGUGCAGGCGGAAGGAGAGGCAGCAACAGUCGAAGCAGGAAGGGCUCCAUAAGCAGCGGUUACACCAUCCCAGAGUCCUUCCACAUGCAGGACGACAGCAGUGAUGUGGAGAGCAUCUGUGACAGCCCUCCACUGCAGGAGUUCCUGCUCACAGCUGCAGAUAUAUUGGACCUCAGGUUACCAGUCAAGCUGGUGGUGCUUGGGUCGUACCAGGAGUCCAGCAGCAAGGUCACGGCGGAUGGUGUGGUUGGACUGACCAGAGCCUUCCUGGCUGCUGGUGCUCAGUGCGUCCUGGUGUCUUUGUGGCCCGUCCCUGUCGCAGCCUCCAAAGUAUUUGUCCAUGCUUUCUACUCUGCCUUGCUCAAUGGAACCAAGGCUAGUGCCGCACUGGCAGAUGCCAUGAAAACUGUCCAGAGCAGCAAGCAGUACUCACAUCCGUCCAAUUGGGCAGGUUACAUGCUGAUUGGUAAUGACGUGAAGCUUAACAGCCCAUCUUCUCUGAUUGGCCAAGCUUUGGCUGAAAUUUUACAAUACCCAGAUCGAGCUCGAGAUGCUUUGAGAGUUUUACUCCAUCUGGUGGAAAAGUCUCUACAGCGGAUCCAAAAUGGCCAGCGAAAUUCCAUGUAUACAUCGCAGCAGAGUGUGGAGAACAAAGUAGGGGGCGUCCCCGGGUGGCAGGCCCUGCUAACGGCUGUGGGUUUCCGGCUGGACUCUGUAGGCACUGGGAUGCCAGCUGCAGUCUUUUUUCCCACUGCGGACCCAGGGGACAGACUCCAGCAGUGCAGCAAUACUUUACAGUCACUACUAGGUCUGCCGCCGCCAGCUCUCCAGGCUAUGUGCAAACUCAUCACGGCUUCAGAGGCAGGAGAGCAGCUCAUCAACCGGGCGGUUAAAAACAUGGUGGCGAUGCUUCAUCAGGUGCUUGUCCAACUCCAAACAGGAGAGAAAGAGCAGGACUUUUCUGUGCUGCCCAUCCAAGUGUCCAUCAGUGUACAGUUAUGGAGACUACCGGGAUGCCACGAAUUCCUGGCUGCUCUUGGAUUUGAUUUAUGUGAGGUGGGCCAAGAAGAAGUGGUGCUGAAGACUGGCAAAAUGGCCAAUCGCCGCACCUUGCACUUUGCUCUUCAGUCCCUUUUGGCGCUGUUUGACUCCACAGAACUGCCGAAGCGUCUAAGCCUGGAUAGCUCAUCUUCCCUUGAGUCCUUAGCUUCUGCACAGUCUGUGUCCAACCCUUUGCCCAUGGCAUACUCAAGCCUGCCAUUCUCUCCUCCUUGCCUGGACAAUCAAGCAUCAGAUGCCAUAUCUGUCUAUAGCCUCAGCUCUGUGGCGUCCUCCAUGAGCUUUGCCUCCAAGUCAGAUUGUGAUUUUCUUAGUCAUCGGCAGCGCGGCGGGGCCACAGCACACUAUUCUCUCCACAAACACCCUCAUGUUCCACGUAGUCAUUCAUCCCCUCAUGGUGCAGCUGCUGCUGGGGCAGGGGCCCGAGGGGACGAAGAGGAGUAUGAAGGCUUUUCCAUUAUCAGCAGCGAGCCGCUUGGAACACAUUGUGACUCUCUGCCUUUGCCGCCAGGACACAGCCAGCGGCACCACAGAGGAGGAAGGGGGCUUGGGGGUUCCAGCACAGGGGCCGGAAGAGGCUACUCUGUGUCCGUCUCAUCAAGGGGCAGUGUCAGUACCCCAACGUCCCCCAUUAAGCCGGCGUUGGUGCCUAGCCCAAACUCACCAUUUCAGAAGGUGGGUAAGGUGAGCAGCUCAGAUACGGGUGAGUCGGACCAGUCCAGCACAGAGACAGACAGCACAGUCAAGUCUCAGGAAGAAAAACCAGCCCCCCUCAAUCCUCAGGAGCUGGCCCAGAAAAUCCUGGAAGAGACUCACAGCCACUUGCGUGCAGUAGGUAGUCUUCAGAGGCUAGGCGCUGAUGGUGGUACAGCUGCUGCAAACUCAACGAGGAGCAGCGCAUUUCGCUCUUCUGAAACUAGCGCAUUCAGCCGUCCCAGCAGCAGUGCUAGUGGCCGAGCUCAGUCUUCCCCAAGACCCAAGCCUCCCUCCCGUUCUUCCUCCCUGCAGAAGAUAAGCUCCGGUUACAACAGCCCUGCUGUCUCGGAAUCGUCCCAAAAGGACGACAGUCAUACAUCACCAACUUUAGACAGCAUUGCACAGUUCAAAUUGAAGUACCCGAGUUCUCCAUACAGUGGCCACAUCUCUCGCUCCCCCAGUAAUGUAUCUCCUAGUUCUGGUCACCAGUCUCCUGCUGGAAGUGCUCCUUCUCCUGCUCUGUCCUACUCAUCCACGGGCUCUUCCUGUUCUGCAUCUGUCGACGCUCCGGAUUUGGACCGACUAAGAAGAGGUGUCAUUGAUGAAAAAGUUCAAGCUAUCCACAAUCUUAAAACAUUUUGGGCAAAUGCUGCAGCUCAACAACAGCAUCUCGGUCCCGUCAAAGCUGUUCACAACACUUCUGGAUCUCUUGCUUCUGCCAGUAAAGAUGUUUUGAGCCUUCUGAACCUGUCCCCACGCCGCUGCUCCCCCAACGACUGCCAGGACAACCUGGAACUGCGGGAGUUGGGACUGUCGUCACUGGAUAGGGGUAGCAAGAACUCUUCCAAUGGGAACCACUGCCCCAACUCCAGAAAACUAACCUCGUCCCCCACUGUUUCCACAAGCAGCAGCCCCGGGGCUCGUUCCAUCCGACUACCAGCAGGAAACGGAUACAAAUUCCUGUCACCUGGAAGAUUUUUUCCUUCAUCGAAAUGCUGAAACAUUUGAACAGUCCAGUAAUUUUGGCUGUGAAUCACACUCUUGUGUGUUGGAGAGGAAAGUCAAUCUUUGAGGACUACCAUUGGUCCGCCAAAUGACAGACUUUUUUGUUGUUUGUUUGGGGUGUGUGUUACUGUGGAGGCACAUGAAUGCAUAAGAGACUAUCCCGUCUUUGUGCCCAUAACACUGUAAAUGGCAAUGAGGAUUAUUCAACGACCUGAUACUGUGUUUGUGCGUAACUGUGUGUCAGGUAGAUGUAAAUGCCGUUUUUUUCUCCUCCCCAGAACGUUGCUGUUUGUGAAGGCCAAAAUACAAAUAGCUAAGACUGAUUUCCUCCACUCUACAUUUGUUUUCAUUUUAACUUGUUAUUGUUAUUAUUGCUUUUAUUGUUGUUAAUAUUAUAAUUAUUAUGGUUUUGUAAAUUAAUUUUUGUUUCACACAGUAUUAAGUGAUUUUAUAUUAUUAUAAAGUGAACCGACCUGUACCAUGUAAAGAUUGAUGGAUUUGGGGGGAGGGGGAGAGAUUUAAUAUUUUUUACUGAAAUCAAAAAGGGCAUUUUGCCUGAUUUCUUUGUGAGCUGAGUGUCUGCUCUGAAGCAUGGAUUCUCUUGCUAUUACGUGUUAAGUACCAUGUAUGACUUUUUAGCCCAUGAAUUUUGAGAUUAAACACCAAACAGAUUCACAACAACCAUCUGUCAUUUAUCAGUAAACUGUUUAAAUAAAAAAAAAUAAUCCUG